ACGUAUGUGUGAUCUGCGCAUGAUCGGGGGCGGCUCGACUUCUCCACCACGGCGCGCGCCGUAACCGCCAUAACUGGAACCGGGAAUCGGUUUGGGCUCACAGAGUGCCUGUAGCUGGGUGAAUCAGGAUGGGAGACAAGCCGAUUUGGGAACAAAUAGGAUCCAGCUUUGUUCAACAUUACUAUCAGCUGUUUGACACUGACAGAACACAGCUUGGAUCAAUAUAUAUUGAUGCAUCAUGCCUUACGUGGGAAGGACAGCAAUUCCAGGGAAAAGCAGCGAUUGUUGAAAAACUCUCUAGCCUGCCCUUCACAAAAAUAGCCCAUAGCAUAACAGCACAAGAUCACCAGCCCACUCCUGACAGCUGCAUAUUGAGUAUGGUAGUAGGACAACUAAAAGCCGAUGAUGACCCCAUCAUGGGAUUCCAUCAGAGCUUCAUCCUGAAGAACAUUAAUGAGGCCUGGGUGUGCACCAACGACAUGUUCCGCCUGGCGAUACACAACUUUGGCUAAAAGCACCACUGCUGUCAGGGAUAUGGGGGAGGGUGGAGAACGGGGUUCUCCGACCCCAGUGACGCCUGAACCUUUCAGUCUGCCCUUCAUUCAUCACUCUCUGAGAAACGGCACCGGAUUCCAAGAAGUCAAAUCGCAGAUAACAUGCAGUCACAUACAGUAGCGCCUCUACUCCAGAUAUGAGAAGUGUUUCUUUGCUGAAAGCCCACAGAUUCAUCAAAGUGACCCCUUUUCCUCCGCUGAUCUGCAUGAUGAUGGGGAGCUUGAAUAUCAGAGGACACUGGCCAGGGAAAAAAAGACGUAUUAACCUAACCUCUGCCGGUUACUAUUUACAUUUUAGUUGUUGAGUUUGACUUUGAACUAAUAAAUGUCUUAAAUGUCCCUUUGCUUUAAUACCUAUUGUAUUACCAGCUUGCUUUUAGAGAAUGCUCCUUGAAAUUAUUUUUUUUUUGUUUCUUCUCCCUCUUGAAAAUUGGAGCCUCCCUUCAUUGUGAUGUCAGGUUGCUCUAGCUAUCCAAAGAAACGUUAAACACCACCCAGACUCCCCCUCUCCCUUCAGACCAGUGUGCUUCCCACCUUCUGCUCAUUGCUGUCUGUGACAAUAAUUACCAAGCCACGAUACACAAUAAAACCUUUGACUUUUUCUUAACAAUGGCA